CACGGAAAAGGCCGGCAUUUCACUCUCAGGUUUCUCUCUGAUGUCACUACAGAAGGCACCACAGCCCUCAGGGCUACAUAUAAAUGCUGAAGCGCUGGUACAACGUGGGAUUAUCUUGUGAGAAUUUUUACUUUCGGUAUAAAUCUAUUAAACAAUAUAAAACAGUACGCACGAUGAGUGCUACAAGAAAUAAAGUCGGCAUACCUUUAAAAGAUGUUGUGAGUGCAAUAAAUAAAUUUGCGAACACGUCGCUCGCAGCUUCUUGGGACAAUGUUGGAUUACUGGUUGAACCUACAGAACCGAAAAUUGUGUCGCAUAUUUUGUUAACGAAUGAUUUAACUGAGGAUGUUAUGGAUGAAGCCAUUAAAUUAAAAACCGACUUAAUUAUCACGUAUCAUCCGUUAAUAUUUGUUCCAUUGAAAUCUAUUACAACUAAAUCUUGGAAGGAACGAAUAAUAGCAAGAUGUCUAGAAAAUAAGAUUGCUGUCUUCUCUCCGCAUAGCAGUUUUGAUUCUGUGAAAGGUGGUGUAAACGAUUGGCUAGCAGAAGCUUUUGAGAUCGAAAGCAGUAAGCCGAUUCAACCAAAUGAAGAUAAUGCGACUUAUGGAUUUGGAAGAUUAUGUACCUUGAAGAACCGAAUAUCUGUCGAUGAAGCGGUAAAUUUAGUAAAGCAACGAACUGAUCUGAAGCAUGUAAGAUUAGCACGUGCACGGGGUACAGAUGGUUACAUUAAUACCAUUGCAUUAUGUGCUGGAGCAGGCGCAUCGAUAUUAAAAGGAAUAUCUGCAGACUUAUAUCUCACAGGAGAAUUGUUACAUCAUGAUGUAUUGGAUGCUGUACAUCAGGGUAGUCAUGUCAUACUAACAAAUCAUUCUGAUUCAGAACGUGGGUUUUUAAAGAUAUAUGCUUCGAUAUUAAAAUCUAAUUUGCAAAACCCUGUCGAUGUGUGCGUCUCUGAAAGUGAUAAGGAUCCACUACAAACCGUGUAAGCCGUUAUAAAAGAACAUUUACUAUAUCUCUUAUCACAGCAAUCGUAUUUAAUUUAAUAACAAUUGUGUAUUGUAUAAUAUGGAAGAGGGGAAACUUUAAUGUUUUGGAAAUAAAGAUUUUUCAUUUUAUUCAGCAUCGUACACUUUACUCUAAUAAAAUUUUAAUUUUAAGAUUUACUGCGAUUUUUUUAGAAUCGAUCAUUAAAAGAUUAUGUACAAACAAGAUUCAGCUAAGGAAAUAUCAACUGUCUCAUUCUCUCUCUUCUUCCUCUCGAAUUCUUUAACAAGUCCUUAGUUCCUAGAAAGCACACUGCGAGAUUUUCUGUAUAUACAUAUUAGUAAUUAUAGCAGAUCGUUU